GCGAUUGCCUCGAGGUAGUCAGUUACGCUUGGAGCGUCUUAGCGUCGCGACGCCUCCAAUUCUAUCUUUCAACGACAUUUCCGCUAUUCCGCUAAUCGAUUACGAUUGCCUUCAUAUCGAAACGAUACGCCGACGUUUUUAACACGUUAAGAAGAAAAUUGCUCUGUCGACAUGUGGAUUCGUCGUUUAUUUUCCAUGGAAAGAAAAGAGCGGCGUUUCGCGCGUUUUUCUUCGACUCGUUAAAGAGCGCAACGCGAAAGGAAAACUCGAAUGAGGAGCCACGGGAAGAGGAGAACCGAUUCUCGACGAGCCACUGAACGUACGGAAAAUUAAAUUGAGGAUGAGAUUACGUUGACAUCUAGGAUUAGGUUGGCGGUUCCGUCGUGCGAACAAUCGUUAGAAUCGAUCGACCAACCUCGACCACGACGAUGUUGUUUCUUUUGCUGUUGUUAUUACCAUUAGGCACACCUGCCUCCGACGUUUAUUUUCCACAGUCGGAUUUGGCCGUGAGACUGCCGUAUUUUCCGCGAGACGACGGUAAAUUUUCGUGGAAUUUGAAGCUGCUCGAAUUGAGAACGCUUCGAAAAGACUCGACGGAACCGAAAGGUUCCAUAGCCAGCUAUAGAAUUACCGUGCCACGGGAGCCAACCGUUUCGAUAGAUUCCGAGACGAAUAACUUGUUGCUGCACGGUUUUUCAAAAAAAACAGGUGGAUCCGAAAACGAGACGAUCGUAGUGCUGGCGAAGGAAAAUGCCAGCAGCGAGGCCGCUUUGGAGAUAAAGCUGAAACCGAUUCGUUUGGAGGGCAAGCAAAUUAAUUGCACGGAUUAUGUUCAGGAUAUGUGCUUCUGGUACGAAUGUAGGUACAGAAUUUACGAGAAUCAACCGAUCACGAUGAUCGGCACGUUCGGACCGAAUAUUUACAGCGACGUUUGUCCUGGCUUUCACGUGACCGGCUACAAAUUGUUAAACGGAACAGAGUACUUUCAAGCGACGAACAACACGUUAGUGGCGAACGCGUUUCUCGACAGGGACGUGGUGGGUCCACCCGGAGGUCCGGGCCCGCGGAUCACUCUUCAAGUGCAGUGUAUCGUCUGGGAGGAAACCACAGGCAUACAGUACGCCCCUAUCAGCCUCCUGCACGUAGACAUUUUGGAUCAGGACGACAAUCCUCCUAUGGCGCAAGGAAACGAUUCCAUCGCGAUUACGCUUCGAGAUUUUACCACGGGUGACAAGCUGGUGGACGACAACAACUUGAUACUGAAAGACGCGGACGAGAAAAGCAGUAAUAGUUACACCGUUCGCAUACUAGGCGAUGCACACGAUGCUCUAAACGUCACGUACAACACUCUGCCGAUCGAGCCUUCCAACGGUGUUCCUUACACUGCCAUAUUAACAAGAAUUUCCGCGAAAACCACGCUCCUACCAAAGUCUCCUUACAGGGUGACGCUUCAAGUGAAGGACGAAUCCCUGAUUCCAGGAUACGGAGAGAAUACGUUGAACAUCUCGUUGACGUUCUACGGACCGGAACACCGAACAACCACUACCACGGUGUCAUCCGUACCUUUCAACAGACAGCAAUUCUCGUAUCCUUCGAGCGCCAAAGUUGCUCGAUUCGCCUCGAAAUAUUCACGAAUAGCGAAACCGACCAGCGAACCGCAUCCCUUCACCAAUUUCACCGCUGAGGGAUCGAAUGCGUUCGCUGUCACUCCGAAAGGAGGCAUCGUCUACGUGGCUAACGAGAAUCUACUUAAAACGGAUCCAUCGAAUUUCGUGCUGAAGAUCAAAUGGACCGAGAAGGAUAGGUUCGUCGGUUCCAAGUCGAUUAAAAUCAGUCUAAUAACAGUGCCAGUUACGGAAACGAGCGUAUGCAAUCAGACUCGUUUGCAUUCAUGUGCGAACGCGGAAAAGCCGCAGGACUGCGAAUCCAGUUGCGGUGUCGCCACCGGAUUAUACAGUAAAGGCAGUUAUUCCGGGCAAUGCGUGUGGAGAUGGAACAAGAGAUCGAACCAAGUCUCGAUGAUGUCGGAUCACUAUCCCACCUGCUCUCCCGAUUUGACUUACUGUCCCGACAACCAAUGCGACGAGCUCGAACGAUUGGAUCCUCGCAUUUGCCCGCAAGAUUGUACCGUCGAAUCGGACGUACACUUUGCCGACAUGAACAAAGGUGGCCGUGGAAUAAAGAGCGGUUUGGGAACGUGCUCGUGUAACGACGAGCUGCAGUGUACCUGCAACGUAGAUCGCAUGCCGAACGAUAACCCUGGUAAAGGGACUAAUAACAAGGAUGAUAAGGACGCUAAACCGCGCUAUCAAGAUAACGUACUUGGUGCGAGAAAAGCAUCCAGCGGACCAUGCGGACCCAUUUGUAUGCUAGGCGUAAUCGCAGGCAGUUUCUUUUUGUUGCUAGCGAUUGUCGGUUCUUUCGUCAGCUCGAGAUACAGAAUGGCCGCAAAAGAAGCGCGAAGAGAAGGUAAACGGAGGGUUGAACGCGAUUCGAACGGAGUUGGUAUAAUAUUACCCUCUUCCGACUACAUCGACCGAGGAGAUGGCUUGCUCGUAGGUUUGGACACUUUCACCGCGGCCAAUCGUCAUCUUCUUCCCAAGACGAGUCCGCCGGACCCGAAAUGGGAAUUCCCACGAUCGCGAUUAAGCAUCGAACAAGUGUUGGGCGAAGGAGAAUUCGGCCGCGUGUUGCGGGCGAAAGCCAUCGACAUCGCAGGAAUAGCCGGCCCUACCACUGUUGCGGUAAAAACGCUCAAGGAGAACGCUUGCGCUUCCGAAUUGGCGGAUUUACUCUCCGAAUAUCAAUUACUGAAAGAAGCUCAGCAUCCGAACGUGAUCAGACUGUUGGGAGCUUGCACUACUCCCGGGGCUCCGGUCUAUCUCAUCAUCGAAUUCGCGGAAUUCGGCUCGUUGAGGAAUUACUUGAGACGUAGCCGACACUUGGAAUCCGAAGGGAGGAUCGCCGCCGGUUGUCCCUCCUUGUCGAUACUCGACACCGAGUCGACGGCGACCUACACGGUCACUCCUCGCGAUAUUCUUUCGUUCGCUUGGCAGAUCAGCAAAGGCAUGACCUAUCUCGCCGAUAUUAAGUUGGUUCACAGAGAUCUAGCUGCCAGAAACGUGCUGCUAGCGGCGGAGAAGGUUUGCAAAAUUUCCGAUUUUGGUCUAACUCGAGACGUGUACGAGGAUGACGCGUACCUAAAGCGCAGCAAAGGCCGAGUACCCGUUAAAUGGAUGGCACCUGAAUCGCUGGCCGACCACGUCUACACCAGCAAGUCGGACGUAUGGAGUUUCGGGGUUCUUCUUUGGGAAUUAGUCACGUUGGGCGCGUCUCCUUAUCCUGGCGUGGACGUGCACAAUCUGUACAACCUGCUGAAAGCAGGAUAUCGUAUGGAGAGGCCAGCGAAUUGUUCGCAACAAUUGUACAAAUUGAUGGUAUCGUGCUGGCACCAAGAACCUGGUAUGAGGCCAUCCUUCAAAGAGCUUACAAGUCAGUGGGAGAAAAUGCUGGAGGAUAGCGUCGAAUAUUUGGACUUGAAUCCCAGGACCGUUCACAAUCAGGCAUACUUUGUUUCUCUUCACGCCUUGGACAGUCCGAGCAGCUCUGGCAACGAUGCCAUAGAUGGAAUCGAUGGCAUCGAUAAAAACGCCUUGAGAACUGACAUCAACUAUUUGGAGAAACCAUCCUGCGAUACCGUGACCAAAUGCGACAAGAUAGACAAACUUCGUACCCUCUGGCACGAGCCUAUAGCGUCCUUUCCCGAGGAACCCGUCAAACUCUUGUACGCGAAUGAUCAACAAGCCAGUAAUCAUUACGAGAGUCCGAUCAAAAUAAGAAACACUAGCGUUACCAGCAAUAGCGAAAAUGACUUGGUCACGCCGAUAAACGAACAACGACAAUCCUAUAUCGACAUGAAAGGAAAGAGAUCCGCGGAAGCUGAAGAUCUUCUCGUGUUUUCCGGUACAAACGACAACGAUCACGAAACUGAUACCAAAUGAGAAGCAAUUUCUCACUCGAAGGGAUAGAUAGUUCCUACGUUUCGUCAUUUACACGAAUACACGAGGACUCGUUUCAGCUGGUAGGAGCAUGACGAGAGAAUGGCUUCCCAUUGACAAAUCUUAAUCAAUAAGCUCGUUUACAUUUUGACCGUUGACUAGAUUCUACUUUUAUUUGAUUAUGUCUUGCGCAAUAAGCUUGCAAACAUCUCUUUAGAAGAAAAACAUAAUUCAACUUGCAUUGUUAAACAUUUAAGCUUCCGAUUAAACUUUUUCCUUGAAUAGGCUUCCGGCUUGUACGCGUGCACGAAAUAAAGAUUUGACAAUCGAAUGCACCACCAGGCAAGCGAGAAUUCAAAUAUUCGACUUCCGGUCGAUGUAACUCACAUCCAGAAAAGACUGCGUUUCGUACCUCAACGAAUAAAUUCGUCCUCUUUGUAUUUAUGUAAAAAAAAGCACAGCAUUCCACUGAGUUAGUUGAUUACCAUAAAUUACGCGAGCGUUCAAGUAAAAUUUGUUUUUUUUUUUUUUUUGUUUUUCUUUUUCCAUACAAUCUUUGGCACAAACACAUACUGUAAAUGUAACUAUUGUCAUCGUGUUUAUACAUAUAUAGAGGGCGUGUGCACACGCACACGCACACGCUAAAAUGUUUCGUUUUAG